UCACGCGUGCUUUAAUGCUUAUCGAAAAGAAGGGGAGAAAAGGCCACGGACACGCGUACCUCUCCUGGACUCGCCAGUGUAUAGCGCUGUCUCGCGGUGAGAGGACAGACAGGCGUCGACGACCAAAAGGAGCGCCCACAUAUUCGAGACCGUCUUUGGCGUAAAGUUGCUACUGUGUUUGCACACACAUCAUCCCUCGUCACCUCAAUCGACUCUCGUCAGUCGCUGAUCGAUACCGUCUACUUGCCUGCCACGAACAUUCGAGAUCAAACGACUAGAUCUCUCUACACCGACCGACCGAUUGACCGACCGAACCCAACCCGAAGUUUCGGAAUGGCUCUGGCAAUCAAGGUCCUCGUCCUGGCCUGUGCCCUGCUCGCCGCGGCCGAGACGCAAAACGAAACAUCAAGCAAACAGCAGCAGCAGCAGCAGCAGCAACAGCAGCAAGGCAGAUCGCGAGUUUCAGACGCACAAUUAAACAUGGCCCUGAGCGACAAACGCUACCUGGGCAGACAGAUCAAGUGCGCACUGGGGGAAGCGCCGUGCGAUCCUAUCGGACGACGUUUGAAAAGUUUAGUGCCGCUGAUUCUGAGAGGUUCCUGCCCGCGAUGUAACCCCGAGGAGACACGUCAGAUCAAGAAGGUCCUUUCUCAUAUUCAGCUAUCCUUCCCGAAGGAGUGGAACAGGAUAGUGCAACAAUACGCCGGAGUUUCGUAAACGAGAUGUGAUAUAAGCCGACCGCCACGAGAGAGAGAGAGAGAGAGAGAGAUGAGUGUAGUUGUACAGAAUACAAUAACAGAAUACAAUGGAUGUUGUCUACGACAGACAAUAUCGAUCAUACGAUUUAUUCGGUAUUAUUGUUAACGAUAUGGCACGGAGUAUAUACAUAUAUAUAUUACGGUCGACAAAUAGAUA